AUGCCCCCAUUUAACUACAAUGAAGGCAAGAAGACUGAUGACCAAGACUCGUCAGGAACCAGAGGUUCACGGCUCCUGGUGCCUGACAAGGGACUGGUCUCUUCUGGACCCCAGAAACAGGUGGCACCAGAGCCCAGACAGACAUGUGAUAACCCAGAUGGGACCACACCAGGAGGAAGUAACUCGCCUGACCAGGCUGUACCCAAGAAGAGACGGUGGCGUCCAUAUAACAGAGUGUGGAGACGCGACCAGAAAUGGACCAGAGAGGGACUGACGUACCCUCAGAAGCCACCAGUAUCACAGAAGUCAGCUGAGCCAGGCGAGGUUUCGUCGGAGACCAGAUCACCACCAACUCUGGUGUCUGACAAGGUCGUUCCUAACAAGAAGAAGAGACACUGGACAUACAACCGUGUGUGGCAAAAAGACAAGAAGUGGAUACGAGAGGAGCAGACCCAGCAGCAGGCAGUGCCACCUCCUACCCCGGUACACAGGGACCACCCCACAAAGACACCACCGGUCCCAGUACCCAAACAGCAUGAGCCACCCCCGUUUCUGAAGAAGUACUGGAGGAGAAACAGAGUAUGGAGGAGGGACAUGGUGUGGGUGAGAAAGCCCACACCAGAGCCAGAGACUCAUGCUGUCGAUGAAGCUCAAGAUCCCACUUUGGUACCCUCUUCCCAGGAGACUGUAUCCUCUUCCACUGACUCUAAGGGACAGGAGACUGUUACUGCUGGAUCCUCUUCAGCCACUGAUGUCCCCCUUGAUGAUGGAGCACCCUCCCCACCUGCGGCUUCUGAUGUUCCUCCCCUCCCUCCCUCUGAUGAGCUAAAGACCAUCACUGUCAGGCUGACUGAUGGCAUACAGAGUGAGGACCAGACAGAUGGGGACAGUCGCGGUGGUGCUAGCCAGAAGACCAGUGACCUGCGUUCUCCCUCUCCAUGCUGCACAGAGAAAAAGCAGACAGGGGUUGAGAACCAGUCCACCCGGAAGCGGAAGAGGCCCAGUGGUACUUGUGUUCCCUCAAAGAGACAAAAGACUGCUUUGUUUUCACCGAUGGAGAUUGAGAUGCAAUCCCUGGAGCAGAUGUUCGCGGCCUGGACCUUAUGAGCUGGGCGCCGGUGUAGGAACUUUUACCUGUGUGACUGUAUGUCUGAUGUAAGAUGUUUGGGUUGGGAUUUUACUUUUUCUGGGUUUAUAGAUCGUCACACAGGUAAGUGCUGCUAUACCUUUGUAUAUAUUUGUACAUAGUUCACAUUUUAUCACUGUAAAUAGUUCAGAUUAUAGUUUUGCUUACCGGUAACCUUAUUUUUUUUCCCAGAUUAAU